AUGACACGGGGCUUCCAGGUCCCUUUCUUCCUGCUGCUGCUACUAAUGCUUACAACAGGUCAGAAGAAAGGUGUCACCUUAUCUCAGUUCACCACCACUUCCCCAACAUUGACUGACACUAUGGUCCAUAAAGGCACUUUGACUCCAACCACCAGCUCUGCAUCAGGCUCGACCACCACUCCAGCCCAUGAUAGCACUCCAGCCCCUACCACCAGGGAUGCAGCCUCAGGCUCAGCCACCACUACAGUCCACAAUGGCACCUUCACCCCAACCACCAGGGAUGCAGCAUCAGGUUCAGCCACCACUACAAUCCACAAUGGCACCUUCACCCCAACCACCAGGGAUGCAGCAUCAGGUUCAGCCACCACUUCAGUCCACAAUGGCAACCUCACCCCUACAACCAGGGAUGCUGCAUCAGGCUCAGCCACCACUGCAGUCCACGAUGGCACACUCACCCCAACCACCAGGGAUGCAGCAUCAGGCUCAGCCACCACUGCAGUCCACGAUGGCACCCUCACCCCAACCACCAGGGAUGCAGCAUCAGGCUCAGCCACCACUGCAGUCCACGAUGGCACCCUCACCCCUACCACCAGGGAUGCUACAUCAGGCUCAGCCACCACUGAAGUCCACGAUGGCACCCUCACCCCUACCACCAGGGAUGCAGCAUCAGGCUCAGCCAUCACUGCAGUCCACGAUGGCACCCUGACCCCUACCACCAGGGAUGCUGCAUCAGGCUCAGCCACCACUGCAGUCCACGAUGGCUCCCUGACCUCAACCACCAGGGAUGCAGCAUCAGGCUCAGCCACCACUGCAGUCCACGAUGGCACCCUGACCCCUACCACCAGGGAUGCUGCAUCAGGCUCAGCCACCACUGCAGUCCACGAUGGCACCCUGACCCCUACCACCAGGGAUGCUGCAUCAGGUUCAGCCACCACUGCAGUCCACGAUGGCACCCUCACCCCAACCACCAGGGAUGCUGCAUCAGGCUCAGCCACCACUGCAGUCCACGAUGGCACCCUCACCCCAACCACCAGGGAUGCAGCAUCAGGCUCAGCCACCACUGCAGUCCACGAUGGCACCCUGACCCCUACCACCAGGGAUGCUGCAUCAGGCUCAGCCACCACUGCAGUCCACGAUGGCUCCCUGACCCCUACCACCAGGGAUGCUACAUCAGGCUCAGCCACCACUGCAGUCCACAAUGGCACCUUCACCCCUACCACCAGGGAUGCAGCAUCAGGCUCAGCCACCACUGCAGUCCACGAUGUCACCUCUGCUAUGGUUACUACAACCUUGGUUGGCAAGAGUACUCAACCCUUAGUUCCUAGCCAGCAGUCUGAUAGUCCCACCACCCUUGCCAGCCCCAGCAGCAACACUGUUGCCAAUGGCACUAACCACAGCACAGGAACUCCCCUCAUCUCCUCCAAUCAUAGUUCCCAGUUAUCUGUUGGGGUCUCCUUCUUCUUCCUGUCUUUUUACAUUUUGAACCGCCAGUAUAAUUCUUCCCUGGAAAAUCCCAACACCGACUACUACCAAGAACUGAAAGAGAACAUUUCCGGAUUGUUUUUGCAGAUUUUUAACCAAGAUUUUCUGGGCCUCUCUAAUAUCAAGUUCAGGCCAGGAUCUGUGGUGGUGGAAUCUACUAUGAUCUUCCGGGAGGGAACCAUCAGUGCCUCCCAGGUGGAGUUACAGCUUAUUCAGCAUGAGAAGGAAAACAACUAUGAUCUGGUCAUCUCAAAAGUCAGUGCUCAUGAGGUGCCAUUUCCCUCCUCUGCUCAGUCUGGGUCUGGGGUACCAGGCUGGGGCAUUGCCCUGCUGGUGCUAGUCUGUGUUCUGGUCACACUGGCCAUCGUAUAUUUCAUUGCUCUGGCUGUGUGUCAGUGCCGCCGAAAGAACUACGGGCAGCUGGACAUCUUUCCCACCCGGGACGCCUAUCAUCCUAUGAGUGAAUACCCUACCUACCACACCCAUGGGCGUUAUGUACCCCCGGGCAGUACCAAACGUAGCCCCUAUGAGGAGAUUUCUUCAGGUAAUGGCGGCAGUGGCCUCUCUUACACAAACCCUGCAGCAGCAGUCACUUCUGCCAACUUAUAG